AUGGAUGUCGAUGCAGCCGUGCCCGAGGAAAGGGUGGCCGUUGUCUCCUCAGACAGCAGUGGCGAUGAGGGCUCAGGCUCCUAUCCCGGCUCUUGCGCCGAAGGAGAGCCACCCUCGGCUCGCGUUCUGGAGUUGGCGUCCCGCAGAAUCUCGGUGAUGCGGCCGGUCUCGCCCGACGUGCUCAGGGCGACGUCCGCAGGCAGGGCGCUUCGCUUCCUCGCCCGGGCGCUGUCGCAGCCCAAGGGGCGGCACCACCUCAGCUUUCAGACGGAGCGCAUCCAGUGCUUUUGGAGCCAUAGCUGGCAUGGGAGUACUUGGAAGAAGCGCCUCACGCUCAUCUUCAUCUACCUCGCUCCUUGGGCGGCGGUGGCAUCGACAGGUGCAGCAGCCUUGACGGCGUUCUUCUUCAGCCUGAAGGUGCUUUUGCCAGGCUUUCGGCAGAGAGAAACGUUCCUGUAUCCGAAAUCCUUCUGGGGAACCGGAGUCGGAGCCCUCACGUACCUUCUCGUCCUCCUCCUCGCUCGGCCGCGGACAUCGGUCUUCCUCGAUGCCAUUUGCAUUCACCAGGACGAUGAGGACAUGAAAGGCAAGGCGCUGUUGAGCCUUGGGGCUUUCCUGAAGAACUCUGAGUCCAUGCUGGUGCUCUGGGACACGUCCUGGUCGCAUCGCCUUUGGUGUGUUUUCGAGUUGGCCGCAUAUUUACGCAGCUGCGAGCAGGAAGGGAAGAAGCCAAACAUUGUGAUUCGCCCCACCGGCAUCGGGCCAUCUAAUUUCCUGCAGACGCUGGCACUCUUGAUCGUCUUCUUGGCCGCUGGUCUCGUACCCGACAGGCAGAAAGAAUUUCUGUGGACUAUGCAGGCCCUCUUCGCCUUCCUUGGGUUUUACGUGACGGCGACGACGUAUCGCCACAUCUUCGGCUCUCUGGAGCAGGUCCGGCGCGAGUUGAAGGGCUUUCGCCUCGAAGACGCCAAGUGCCACUGCUGCACGAAGGGCCAUGCUAGCCCGGAAGAGCUGUGUGACCGGAAGGUUAUGGAACGAUGCAUCGUGAUCUGGUUUGGAAGUGUCGAGACCUUCGAAGAGAGAGUGCGGUCCGACGUGCUUGCCUGUCUCUCCAAACAGCUCGACACGCAGCUCUUCUCCUACCGGCAGUGUGUCCAAGGCAUGGUGCCGGUGAUCUGGACCUUCAUGGACACAGGCUCAGCUCAGAUGCACUUCAAUGACCACUGGAAGAAUCUGCUGGCCGAGCUCAUCCGUGGCUUGGCAUGGUGGCUGGGUGUUGUUCCAUCCGCGUACCUCAUCGGCCUGAGGGUUGCCUACUGUCUGCGGAGGAAGCGCAGCUGCUGGCUCUGCGAAGAGGCCAUGAAUGCGACGGUUGUCCUGAGCAUCGUGGCCGCGGUCGUGGUUGCUGUUCAAGUCGAGUUCUUGUUCAUGCAACUGCCGAUUAAGUUCCAUCAUGAUGGCCUCACUAUAGAGCUGGCCCUGUUUUGUUGUCUCAUGGUCCCUGUGGCUCUUGUGCUUUUUGGGUGCGUAGGCACCCAUCCGCACACUGCCUGUGAGUGA